CGAGCGCUCGCGGGUCGGCGCGCAGCGCAGCGCGCCUCCGGACGAAUGAAGAAAUUGCUUCCUAUGAAGAGCAGAAGUACUUGAUUCUGAGAAAACUCUUAAAGCACUUCUAACUUCAAAGCUGGAGAAAAGCAUGAGGGAACAAUCCAUCUGACUCAGUAUCUUGCACAGAACACAAAAUGUCUCUUCAAAAGAAAACUGUUGCUGGUGUUGCUGGUGUCUUGGAGGAGUGGUGUUUGGAGGAACCACUGUUCGGUUGCAGACGGCACCAGAAUGUUAGGAAAAAACUGAGACCGAUACGAAUUAUAGGUCUUCUUGUUAGUGUAGUGGCCAUGAGCACUUUCUCUCUUUCAAUUAGUGCCUUUUUCAAGAUGGAACCACAGAGCAUGGCAUUGGCCAGCAGCCUAGGUAGCCAAAAGCUAGUGCAUGGGCACCAAAGAACUCUGUUGGAUUUCACAGAACAGAAUGAAAACGGCAGUCCAGACCCAUCCACUGCUAUGAAAUAUGAAGCUGAACAUGACAAUGCAACAGAUGAUCAUGCCAAGGGAGAGUACCCCAAAGACCUUUUCUCUCUUGAGGAGAGAAGGAACGGAGCAGUGAUUCUCCAUGUAAUUGGAAUGAUUUACAUGUUUAUAGCCUUAGCCAUAGUCUGCGAUGAGUUCUUUGUUCCUUCCUUGACUGUCAUCACAGAAAAACUGACUAUAUCUGAUGAUGUGGCAGGGGCAACCUUCAUGGCUGCUGGUGGGUCAGCUCCAGAACUGUUCACUUCUUUAAUAGGAGUGUUUAUAUCCCACAGCAAUGUUGGCAUUGGCACAAUAGUGGGAUCUGCUGUGUUCAAUAUUCUGUUUGUUAUUGGAAUGUGUGCUUUAUUUUCUAGAGAGAUACUGAACCUUACUUGGUGGCCACUGUUUCGAGAUGUGUCCUUUUACAUCAUUGACUUGAUCUUGCUAAUCAUCUUUUUUCUGGAUAACUUGAUCAUGUGGUGGGAAAGCUUAACACUUCUGACAGCAUAUUUUUGCUAUGUGACUUUCAUGAAGUUCAACGUUCAAGUGGAAGAAUGGGUGAAGAAGUUUUUAAACAGGAACAAGGUUGAGAAGGUAACAGCAGCAGAUGCUGAAGGAAAGUCACCUAAUGCUGACGACAAGGAUGACCAAACAUUAACGACCAAGCCACGGCUCCAGCGGGGAGGAAGCUCUGCAUCUCUCCACAACAGUCUAAUGAGGAACAGCAUCUUCCAGCUCAUGAUUCACACACUCGACCCUCUUGCUGAAGAGCUUGGAUCAUAUGGAAACCUAAAAUAUUAUGACACAAUGACUGAAGAAGGAAAGUUCAAGGAAAAGGCCUCAAUUCUGCAUAAGAUCGCCAAAAAGAAGUGCCAGGUGGAAGACACUGAAAGGCAAAAUGGAGCUGCUAAUCAUGAAAAAGGUGUGAAAGUGGAAGUUGCAGUAACACCACCAAGUGAUUCAGGACCAGUGCAGAAUGGAAUCGCACAUAAUGUUGAAGAAGAGAAUGAAGAGGAUGAGGACCAGCCUCUUAGCCUGGCCUGGCCUGACACCCCACGCAAGCAGCUCACCUACCUUCUUGUAUUACCCAUUGUUUUUCCAUUGUGGGUUUCACUCCCAGAUGUCAGAAAUCCUAAAUCAAGAAAAUUUUUUCCUAUCACAUUUUUUGGCUCUAUCAGCUGGAUUGCAUUUUUUUCUUACUUAAUGGUCUGGUGGGCGCAUCAGGUUGGAGAGACCAUUGGUAUUAGUGAAGAAAUCAUGGGACUGACUAUUCUAGCUGCUGGCACAUCCAUUCCUGACCUUAUUACCAGUGUUAUUGUCGCCCGCAAAGGUCUGGGGGACAUGGCUGUAUCCAGUUCUGUUGGAAGCAACAUAUUUGACAUCACAGUGGGCCUGCCUCUUCCAUGGCUCCUGUAUGCUGUCAUUAACAGCUUUGCCCCGGUGACAGUCAGCAGCAACGGUCUGUUCUGUGCAAUUGUCCUGCUUUUCAUCAUGCUGCUCUUUGUCAUUCUCUCGAUUGCUUUCUGCAAGUGGAGGAUGAAUAAGAUCCUGGGUUUUCUCAUGUUUGGGCUUUAUUUUGUGUUCCUGAUUGUCAGUGUCCUCCUAGAGGACAAAGUGAUCCAGUGUCCUGUCUCCAUCUAG